AUGUCGGAUCCGCUCUCCGUCUCAGCCAGCAUCGCUGGUCUAAUUUCUAUUAGCGAUCUUAUCUUUAGGGCUGUGUUUAAGUAUGCGAGAGCUGCAAAGAAUGCUAAGAGCGAUAUUCAAUCACUUGCUGACGAGAUCAAUGGCCUCGCAACCGUCCUGCGAUCUCUCCAGGCGCUGGCUUCCGACCUUGAGUCAGAAGGGGAUACUUUCGAUCCCACCUUGAGGAUCCAUUGUCUAAGUCAUUUUAUCGCCAAAAGGAUCGAGAUCAACACACAAAUCGAUAUCAACGCCGACAAGCAGCGCGUUCUGAACUACUUCAUGCAGAUCAGCCCUCAACCCAACCUUGAAAUGAGCAUCAGACUACGACAUGCCAUGACAGGGUUAUGGUUGACCGAAUCUCUUCCCUUCAUUGACUGGUUGGAGAAGCCUGGCUCCAGGCUCUGGUUUAGCGGUAUCCCUGGUGCUGGCAAGACAGUCUUGGCGGGUGCGGCCAUCCAAGAAGCCCUUACGCACGGCCAUACCACUGCUAGGGUUGGUGUUGGGUUCUUCUUCUGCGAUUACAAAGAUCAAUCUACUGGCCAACCCACCAACAUCCUUGGGGCUGUGGCAUCCCAGCUUUCUCGCCAGAACAACGAGGCUUUCAAUAUCCUCCGGGACUAUUACGAGACCCUAAACCCACCAACUGGGCUUCCACAGACACCCGAUCCUGAUGAGCUCAGGGCAAGAAUCAGCAGCAUGUCUGAACUUUUCGACCAGACACUGAUCAUCAUUGACGGGCUUGAUGAAUGUGGCGAUAAUACCGAGGAGGUCGUCGAUGUGCUUUCUGAGCUGGCACAGUAUACCACAAGUGUGUCAAUAGCACUGUUUAGUCGGGACCAUUACAACAUUCGAGUUCGCCUAGAGGGCGAAUUUGAACACAUCCCAAUCGCAGCCCAUACACAGGACAUCAGGUUUCGAUGGGUUGUUUGCCAACUGGACUACCUCUGCGACUGCGCCCAUGAUGAAGAAAGACGGGAAGCUUUGAAGAAGCUACCUCCAGAUUUACCCGAGAGCUAUCGCCGACUUCUGGAGCGUGUGAAUCGCUACUCUUCGAGAGUUCGGACCGUUGUGCAAUUGUGCCUUCACUUCAUAGCUUUCGCAUCACCGAGAUUGACAAUCCUGCAACUGAGACAAGCUGUCUCGACCCCAGAAAUCCUAGGCGCGAGUUUAGACGCGAAAAACUCCGAAUUUCUUCAGAACGAGGCGGCGUUAUCCGGAGCCGCCAGCCAAUCUAAUCUUCAUUCUUAUUGGAUUUCCCAGCCUAGAAGCAACGCGCUUUUAGCAACACAGUGUCUUAGAUUCCUUCAGCUAAGGAACUUUGACCAACAACCGAGCAAACUACAAGAAUGCCUUGUUAUAAAACAGGACAGAGAUCAGGAAUACCCAUUCUAUAAGUACUCAGCUUUCGGGUGGCUGAAACUUACCAAGGAUGGUAUCGAUGAUCCACUUGUGUUGGAUCUUUCACGGUCAUUAUUUCAUUUAUCCAAGACGGCACAGUUUUCAAACUGGGCUUUUGAACUCUGUCACUUUGUCAACAGGAGAAAAUAUUCUCACCACUGUCGUAAGGAAUUUCCUGGAAUUGUUCUCGACAGCAGCUUUCGGCCUCUACAUAUGGCUUCUGCGUUAAAUUUGCCGGAGAUAUGCACCGCCUUGCUCAACGAUGGCGUGGAUUGCACCUCUGAAUUGAAUGGUGCGACACCGCUUGAUCUUGCCAUAAUGACGUUAUACUUCCUACCUGGAGUUGGGACUGAAUACGAUUCAUUCGACCGUGCAUGGCUGCAUCAAAAAAACCAACCUCUCCUUGCUUCUUCGGAACGACGGAACCAGACGAUAAGUUGCCUCAUGGAAAAGAGUACCCAAACUCCAGAUCCCCUGCUUUCCCUUCGGGCCAAAUCUAAUUUUUCUCUUGCCUGCUUCCAAAGCAGCCAAUUCUACGACUUCAGGCCUGUUGUUAAGCUUCUGUCGCUAGGGUAUCUUAAUGCUGCAUCAUGCUGUGAACUUGAUUGGGGCGUACAGCUUGCCUCAAUAGCGUGGAAAUGGGCUCUUAACCAAAAGUUGCCUUUCACAGCUGACCCAUUUAUCAUUGGUUCACGGGUUUCAUUAUCGAAAAACGCCCUGUUCGCGGGGGCUCUAGGUGCCAUCAGCUCUAACAAAGUUCAGGUACUCCAACAAUGCCUCGCCGAUGGGCGCCUUGACCUAUCCAAGACAGGACCUGAUGGUCCGCCUCUUCUACACAAGGCUGUGGUGAUGGGAGAUUGUCGUAUCAUAACAGUGCUUCUGGAUGCAGGCUGUGACCCUUGCAUGAAAGACAACAGUGGAGACUCGCCAUUGCACUUGGCAUUGAGAUUUGGUGAAAACAAUCUGAUGGACGUCAUUAAAAUAUUUGCCAGACGAGGAAUUUCUCUCCUAUCUACAGACGACGAAGGACGCACAACUUGGCAUCUCUGGGCCGAAUUAAGGCACAUGCCAGUUGGCUUGUUAGAAGAUCGCCACACACUUGUUUCCGAGACAACAAGGUCAGAGGCACUCUUGACCAGAACGAAUAAGGGUGACACUCCUCUUUCGCUCCUCUUAAAAAGAGAAGACAACUAUGCGGACACGAGGGAGAAAAUCUACAAGCUUUUGGAAUUGUGCGCUACAAUCCCAAGCUUUUGGCAAUGUCAUGAUCCCGUAUUCGGACUUGCGGCAAGUCUUGGCUCCGAGAACGUUAUCCGUUGCCUGAUUGAAAGUGGCGCCGUGCCGGGUCCUCCACAACCCGGAGAGUGUACGCCACUACACCGGCUAGGUGAAAGUGUAUCUAUCAACGCCGUCAAGUUGCUGCAAAGCAUGUAUAGAGAUGCCCACAGGCAAAGAUUCGAAGGACGCCUGCCGGUGGAACUAUACAUCGACACCACACUUAGCAGAAACACUCGCCCUGACGCAGAGAUUGUUGAAGUCCUGACAUCUUCAAGUGUACUUAAUGAUAGCAAUAUAGGUGGAGAAACACUCUGGGAGUUUGUGUGUACUCUCCUGGAUCGAGCCGCACACUGGAAAGCCGAAUUCCAUGCCGGACUGGCAAGGGACUUCGAUAGCACCAUAGCACUGUGCCUGCGGCUUGGUGUCAUGACAGCUUUCGAGGACCAAAGCGCGGAGUCCGGAAUGACUACCCUCCUGUUGGGUUGCAUUAACAACGAGAUCUGGCUCCCAACAAGCUACAUAUCAGCGGAUACACUACUUCAAGGGAUACGUUUAACUCGAUUUUGGGCGUCAGGAAAAGAAACCGAUGUGGCACUGCAAUUUCUUCAAGCUGCCAUCGAAGAAAGAUGUCCUGAGGUUGUCAGCCUGCUUCUUGAACAUGGCGUUAAUGUUCAUCAACGCGUAGGAGACGACGGAGAGGCCAUUAUCCAUAAACUUUUGGACCAUUCGACUAAAGAGGGGCUUAAUGAUACCCAGUCGGAUUCGCCAGGCCCAGGGCUUCUGCAUAGGCUAGCAACCAAGGAAGAUGCAGCCGAUAUCCUCUGGCUUGUUGAAGAACUCGUCGAAAGGGGAGUCGACAUCAAUGGACAAACUCGAUGUCCCCCAUACGAUUCAGCCCUUAUGUAUCAUCUAUGGUGCGGGUCUUUCCAAUGCGCUGAACUACUCUUGGAAAUGGGGUCAGAUCCGAUGCUCGUACCAAGUGACUCCUCACAGGCAGCUUUGGUGGGGAAAUGCGCUUCCUUUCUUCAGAAGCUAUUCAUGCACGCCGAGAAGAACUUACUCACGAUCCCAUGGGCGGCAACUUUCGGCCUUGCAGUGGAACUUCAAGGGCAACGGAGAGUUCUUCGGGAUGCCAAUGCCCUUCACCAGGCCUCAACGUAUGGCAGAACAGAAAGUCUGGCAUUUUACCUUGACAAGAACCUUAUCACCAACGUAAACGCAGGUUGCGAAGAAUUAUACACACCACUUCAUCUCGCGGUCGCUUAUGACAGACUGGAAAUCAUUCAACUUCUUCUCUCCAAAGGCGCUGAUCUCAUGGCAGAAAGCACGGAUGGGAGCACACCACUGCAUAUGGCCGUACAAGCAGGUCACUUAUCUGGCACAAAGAUGCUGUUGGAGCAUGGCGCGUCAGAAUCCUUUGACAUCUUUGGAAAGAGCCCACGAUUGUAUGCCCAGGAAAGUGAUGACAACAACAUCAAGCAGUGUUUAGAAAAGUUUUGGGGAGCGGAAAGGGGUCAGUCGGCCGUCCAUGGCCACAAGACCCGGUCCCAAACGCAAACCAAUCUCCUGUCAAAGGCAUUUCAGCAGGCAAUUGAGGCUAGUGAUCUGGAAGAUUGCAAAAGACUGGUAGCCAGCGGCUGUCCCAUCGAUUUGUGGCUUUCAGAAUGUCACGGGUGCUCCCCAUUGAUCUUAGCCCUGGCUAAAUCCAGGUUGAAGAUCGCACAGUGGCUCUUGGACAACGGGGCCAGUACUUUGAAAGCAACAUGUUUGAUGCACAAGGUUAAGAGCGUCAUUGAGAUUGUUGCUGGGGACCCAAAUCUCAUCGUCCUCUUACCGCGACUCUUAGCAACUUAUCUCUCCCAAGGAGGGGAAUUGGUUCGUGGAGCCGAUUACCCUCUACAGAAAGCAGCCAUGUGUCAGAAUAUCGACUGUCUUGCCACAUUGUUACGGGAAGUCGAAAAGAAUAUUGUCAUAAUUGCGAAAAAUAGCCAAAUGUCCCCACAGCAAGCAAUGUCGACACUUCUCAAUCGUCGAGAAACCUUUUCUUUCGCCCAAUCAACGAUGCAUCAACUCACAAAAGGCAGUUGCCUGGUUACUUCGUUGCAUCUUGCUUCAUUUCAUGGAAACAAAGCGGCAGCAUCUCUUCUCAUCGAGAAAGGGGCAAAUGUUGACAUGACUGAUGACAAUGGUUGGACGCCUUUGGGGUACGCCAAGAGCAAAGAAAUGGCAGCGCACUUGAUUAAUUUGGGCGCAUCUACAGCGGCAGUCUAUAGACCGGGGCCAUUUCCGUAUCUCAUCCCGUGGAGGUGGCGCCAGUCGUUUAGCGAGCUCUUUCCACAAUCUUGUGGGGACGAUUCACAGGCUUAUAGGCUGAAUAAGUCGACGAUGCUGGACAUUUCAUGUACAAGAUGCCCGAUAGCUUGCGAGGAAGCUCCUCUCUCUUCCCAAUGCCUUCAAGAACUCAGACAACUCGGCUGCGAUUUCACGUCUGAAGACGAAAGAAGCAGAAGUUUGAUGCACAGCAUCAUAUCCAGAGAAGACUCAUUAGAUCUUCUUGCUGAGAGUGACUACGGACUUCACAGAACAAGCGCGUUUCCAUGGCAUCUAGAGUCAUGUCACUAUGGAUGUCUCGCUUUCUUGAGGUCGAAGUUUCGAGGGUUCCAGCUCACUCUACCACGAGAGACCUUUCGACGAAUUCUGAACCUGGAACCGGAGCGUGGGUGGAGUCCCCUCUGUCGUGCUGCAUCUCUAAAUUUAGUUGAUGUCAUAGAAAACUGCCUAUCAAUGGGGGCAGAAAUCGACUUCGAAGGAUGCCCCUUGGGAUCGGCCCUCAUGGCCGCCAGUGCUUUCGGAAGUCUAGAUUCGGUCAAGCUGCUGGUUCAACGCCAGGCUGCUGUUUUUUAUAUCGGCAAAAGCGGACCCAUGGACAUACUUUCACUCACCCAAUCCGAAGACAUUAGGAAAUGGCUACUGGUUGGGCGGUUCACUGAACAGAGCCGGAUUGGUGCAGAAACUGACUCCUCGCAAUCCCAGUCUGGGGCGCAGCCAGUGUUAUGGAGCGGGAUUGUCCAGGCAAAAGUCAGGCUUGUUGGAAAAUGGCAGAGACAGCCGGGUGAGCCUUCGGUUGACUAUGCGAGGGUUCUUGGGAGGAUACGAAAGCGAGGCCAAGGCGAGGUUGUAUCUGCUUGCCCAGACAGUUUGGUGUAUCCCUCACAGGUUGCCCCUGCGUAG